GUGCCGUCCCACAAUACCAGGCGGGAGGGCGGGCAGGCGGUUUGUAUCCGGGCUGUGAGGUGCUCGGAACCUCCGCGGACCUUGCAGCCUCUGUCUCUUUAACGCGAGAGGAAGCGAUGCAGAGGGGUGGAAAAUGGCAGAGCUGCAGAUGUUACUAGAGGAGGAGAUCCCGUCUGGCAAGAGGGCGCUGAUAGAGAGUUAUCAGAAUCUGACCCGGGUGGCGGACUACUGUGAAAACAACUACAUACAGGCUACAGACAAGAGAAAAGCUUUAGAAGAGACCAAAGCCUACACAACCCAAUCCCUAGCUAGUGUUGCUUAUCAAAUAAAUGCAUUGGCUAACAAUGUACUCCAGUUGCUGGACAUCCAAGCCUCUCAGCUUCGGAGAAUGGAGUCUUCCAUCAAUCAUAUCUCACAGACUGUGGACAUUCAUAAAGAGAAAGUGGCUCGAAGAGAGAUUGGUAUUUUGACAACAAAUAAGAAUACAUCAAGAACUCACAAAAUAAUAGCACCUGCAAAUAUGGAGCGUCCUGUAAGGUAUAUUCGGAAACCUAUUGACUAUACAGUUCUGGAUGAUGUGGGCCAUGGUGUCAAGUGGCUAAAAGCCAAGCAUGGAAAUAACCAGCCUGCAAGAACUGGCACACUGUCAAGAACAAAUCCUCCUACUCAGAAACCACCAAGUCCUCCCAUGUCAGGCCGGGGAACGUUGGGACGAAAUACUCCUUACAAAACCCUGGAACCUGUUAAACCUCCGACAGUUCCUAAUGACUACAUGACAAGUCCUGCUAGGCUUGGAAGUCAGCAUAGUCCAGGCAGGACAGCUUCUUUAAAUCAGAGACCGAGGACACACAGUGGAAGCAGUGGAGGAAGUGGAAGCCGAGAAAACAGUGGCAGCAGCAGUAUUGGCAUUCCCAUUGCCGUGCCUACACCCUCACCACCCACUAUUGGACCAGCAGCCCCGGGCUCAGCUCCUGGUUCCCAGUAUGGCACAAUGACCAGGCAGAUUUCUCGACACAACUCUACCACUUCCUCGACAUCUUCUGGUGGAUACAGACGGACUCCCUCUGUGACGGCUCAGUUUUCUGCUCAGCCUCAUGUUAAUGGAGGUCCACUUUAUUCUCAGAAUUCAAUUUCUAUUGCUCCACCCCCUCCCCCUAUGCCUCAGUUGACUCCACAGAUACCUCUCACAGGCUUCGUGGCCAGGGUGCAGGAAAACAUUGCUGACAGCCCGACUCCACCACCCCCUCCUCCACCAGAUGACAUUCCCAUGUUUGACGACUCUCCACCUCCGCCGCCACCGCCACCAGUGGAUUAUGAAGAUGAGGAGGCCGCAGUCGUCCAGUAUAACGAUCCAUAUGCAGAUGGGGACCCUACUUGGGCCCCCAAAAAUUACAUCGAGAAAGUUGUGGCAAUAUAUGAUUAUACAAAAGACAAGGAUGAUGAGCUAUCAUUUAUGGAGGGUGCAAUCAUCUAUGUAAUAAAGAAGAACGAUGAUGGCUGGUAUGAGGGAGUCUGCAAUCGAGUGACUGGUCUGUUCCCUGGGAACUAUGUUGAAUCGAUCAUGCACUAUACUGAUUAAAUUCUUGCUUUUAAAGUAGGUUCUUAUUAUCAGUCAUACUGUGGGACUAUUACGGUUAACAGGAUUGUCUUAAAAUGUUUUAAAAUGUGCCCAUAUGUUCAGGACAUGCUGUUUUAUUGGUAUAAUUGAAUGUCUACCUGUAAGCAUAAAUCUCUGAGGCAGCUGGUGUAUUGCUAAACGGCAAUCUAUACAAGAGGCUGUCUGUCACUGAUUGUGCUUAUAUCUUACUUACACAUUGUUAACUUCAUGACCAGCCUAAAUAUUCUGGGGGUGUGGGGUAUAAUAUUUCACAAAUCAUGAUUCAGAUUGUGCCAUUACAUGUUUCAGUGCAGCAUGGUUACUAACGCUCUGUCAGACUAAUAUUAAAAUCAGAAAACUUAAA